GUGCACCGAGCUGUGUGUAAGAUCAACACCAACUUACUGCUUGGUAACAGAAUGCUGAGACCUCAGAGGCUGCAUCAAAUGUCAAAGAGGUGGGGCUUGGCUAGAGGCCUGGACUCCCUUGGGCUCUUUCCCCAAGGAAGGCUUUGGGGCUCGGCUUUCUCCUGAGACGUGCGUUGGGGGUGAGUGGAGAUCUUCGGGACACCUUUGCUACUGGGUUUCCCUAGGACAUGGCUGCAACAUGCACAUCCCUGAGGCACCAGCUUCGUGAGGCUGCAGAAAGUGUUCCUUUUCCAACUGCAAACUGAAUGGGCUGGUUUGCGGAUGAGCGCCCAGGUUCCAGUCCAAGAGGUGUGAGCCGAGCAAGCACUCGGCAUUCCCCAGCUCUGCUAGGAAACGGCAGGCCUCAACACAGCUCCUGGAAUUGGAGUCUGAACUUCGGGAUCAAGCAGUGAAGGACCUGGAAAUACAGCGCCUCCUUGGACCCCCAGAAGGACCCUGAACAGCUGUGCUUGCCUUUCUCUUUAUUCCCUUACUCCGCCCCUCACCCCGGGCCCCUCAAUCUCCUACUCCCCAUUCACUCCUUUCCCCCUUCUUCCUCCUGCUGUCCCAACAUCCUCACUCUUCUCCCACCGAACCAGUCCCCCUUGCCACUACCACCUUCUUCCUCCAUUCUUUCCUUCCCUCUUCCUUCCUUUCCUCCUCCCCAGCUCCCCUCCUCCCCCUGACUUUUCCUUUCCCCCACAUUUCUCCUCCUCUUCCCCCGUUUUCCUCUAGCUGGUCUUUCUCUCCUCCCCUAGCUUCACUCCUUCCCCAUCUUUCCACUGGGCCCUACAUUUCCCUCCACUUUUCUUUUCGCUUACAUUUUCCUCCCCCCAAUAUCUCCUUGCCCCUCCCUGAUCCGCCCCCUCAUCUCUCUCUCCCCUGCAUCUUUCCACCUUCCCUCCUCACUUCCCACCCCAAUCCCCAUUUGCUCUGCCACCUCCCACCCCGCCCCCUACCCCUCCCAUCAGUGUUUGCUUUUCUCCCGGAUCCGGAUGAAGGGGUUGCCCUGCCAAUGUCUGUGCCCUGCCCACUUCUGGCAGGUGGGGUCUCUCGUCAUGGCUGAGGGCUCCAGGACUCAGGCCCCGGGCAAAGGGCCCCCACUCAGCAUCCAACUCCUGCGAGCCCAGUACGAAGGCCUGAGGCAGCAGCAGAGGGCCCAGGGCCACCUCGUGGUACUCCCAAAAGGAGGGAACUCGCCUGCUCCUGCUGAAUCCAUGGUCAGUGCUGUUUGGAUUAACAAGGAGAGAAGGCACUCACUGCCCUUGAACAAAAUGGACCCCAAGCCAGCGGGGAUGCUUGAGGAGGCUGACAGAGGCUGUCUUCAGAGCCCUGAGUCUCCAUGGCACACACACCUACAGAUGCACUGUUUGGUCCAAACCUUCUGCCAGGAAGCCAGUCAUCAGGUAAAAUACAAGGGCAAGCUCAUGAGGUCUGAGCAAAGGCUCCCUCAUGAAGGAGACCCAGGCUUGUUUGAAAACAAGCAGAUGACUCAGCAAGAGAAGACCAUCCCAGAGAUCCCAGAGGCAGCCCAGCAGGAGUGUCCGGUGGCCAAUACUCAAACAAAGGCAGUGGGAUCCAGCUUAAGCAUCGGCAUUCCGUACCCUUCUUCCACAACGAACCCACAUAGGUCUGGAAAAGCAGCUCAUUAUCCAUUUCCCCAGAGGAAAACUCCCAGAAUCUCCCAAGCGGCCCGGAACCUGGGCUUAUAUGGCCCAGCCUGAAGCUUUCUACUCAGCCAAAUGUCUGAACCUUGAGGCCACCUCUGGCCUCAUCAAAGAACCCAGGAGGCAGAGCCACAACUAGGGCCUCUAGCUAUGAGCAGACCUGGACUAACUCAAUGAUAGGGAUGGUGGGAAAUGAACUUCACAGUGGACACAUGGUGUAGUCCUUCAAAAAAGAAGAGAUUGCUCAGGCCACAUUGCUCACAGUGCAGAAUGAAAGAGUGCUUGCUGUCAGAUCAAUGCAGCCCCAUUCUGCUUAUACAAGAAGACGGAGCCCUGGGUGCCCACACCAUGGAGAGGUGCAGUAGGACAUCUGUUUAGUCCCUAGAACCAGGGAAUUUUGAGACGUAAAACAGGGAUCCUAGCCAAUGGAAUGUCCUAGCAGUGCCCUGGAGUCAAGGGACAUGGAUUCAUUGUGAUUCUUUUUGUGAAUAAUUAGUAAGAGCCAAUUGUUAAUCUUUUUAUAGUCUAACGAAAAACAAGGAAUUUUUCUAAAAAAAAAAAAGUUUGAGUUCAAUAUCUUCUGGUGAUUUCUUACAUGUUCUGGAGAAGAUGAGUUCUGAGAAUUGCCCUUUUCUGGUUGCUCUGCCUGGAGGCCAGCUCAGUGAGAAGUCACUACAUUCACUGGUAGUGACCAUACCAUUUCAGCUUAAGCCUCCCAAAGUAUGGUCACCCUGGAUUAAAAGGGUCAGAACAAUGCCACCUACUAUUUGGUGUGUUUAAGCGGUUUAGGAACGGUUGGUCAUCGUUCAUCUCUCACUGAGACUGCACAUACCAGCCUCAUCACAGAUUUAUUUCCUUCUGUCCUUCCCUCCAUCUUUCAUUCUAUUCCUUCUUCCCUCCCUCCCUUCUUCCUCCCUUCCUUUCUUCUCCCCUGCCUGCCUUCCUACCUGCCUUCCUUUCUACCUUUCUGUGUCUUCUCUCUGUGCUUUUCUCUCUCUAUCUCCCUCCCUCUUCAAAUUAAGUUCUAUUAAACACUGCCAACCAUUGAUGAUAUAUGGUAAUAGGAGCCAGAGUAGAAAAAGCCAGAGAAAUGCUCCUGCCUGGAAAAUAUGUGUUUCCUACAAAUUGUUCCCUUUUCAGCCAAAUUUGGACCACUCAGAUCCUUCCUGGCUCAUUUUAAACCUAAGACAAAGUGAAGCAUGGGCGAUGGGGAAUAAAGUAUGUCUUCCCUGGUCAAUGUUUAACUUCAGUAAUGAUUUUUAAACACAUCUAAGGUGACUUUUCCUCAUAUCAAAUUCUCUCUCUGUGAAGUUUCACCCACAUCUUUCCAUCCCAUGGUCAUCCAGUCUUGCCCAUCCACAUCCAGAGUUAUUAACCAAGAUUGUUAUUACCUGUCAAAAAUAUGGAUGUGCCUGCUCCUUUGACCACCCAGGAAUUCACUCUAAUUUGAAGAUUCAUUGUGAUUCUUUUUGUGAAUAAUUAAUAAGAACCAGUUGUUAAUCUUUUUACAAUCUAAUGAAAA